CGCCGGGUGCGCCGUAGAAUUCUCCGCCUUUAUUCUCCUCUCCCCCCCUUCCUCCCUCCCCCCCACCACCUAUCCGCCGCCUCCCCCCAUCCUCCACAAACCCACGCAGCUCCAGCGGCGCAGGCGCAUCCCAGCUCACCGGCGGAAAUGGGCGGGCCAGGCCUCUACUCCGGGAUCGGCAAGAAGGCCAAGGAUCUGCUCUACAGGGACUACCAGACCGACCACAAGUUCACCCUCACCACCUACACCGCCAAUGGCGCCGCAAUUACUGCUACCAGUACAAAGAAGGCUGAUCUGAUACUCGGUGAGAUCCAAUCACAGAUCAAGAACAAGAACAUCACCGUAGAUGUGAAGGCAAACUCGGCAUCAAAUGUCAUUACAACAAUUACCGCUGACGAUCUUGCAGCGCCAGGGCUGAAGACCAUCUUGAGCUUUGCUGUUCCUGAUCAGAAAUCUGGAAAGGUGGAGCUCCAGUACUUACAUGAUUAUGCUGGUAUUAAUGCAAGCAUUGGCUUGACUGCCAAUCCUGUAGUCAACCUCUCUGCUGCGUUUGGAACUAGUGCUCUAGCUGUUGGUGGUGAUGUGUCGCUUGAUACAUCCACCAAGAAUUUCACCAAAUACAAUGCUGCGUUUAGCUACACUAACCAAGAUCUUAUCGCAUCCCUGAACCUGAACAACAAGGGAGACAGCCUCACCGCAUCCUAUUACCACUUUGUGGAGAAGUCCAGCACAGCUGUUGGGGCGGAGCUGACCCACAGCUUCUCGAGCAACGAGAACAGCCUCACCUUCGGCACUCAGCAUACCCUAGACCCGCUCACCCUCGUGAAGGCUCGCAUCAACAACUCUGGCAAGGCAAGCGCGCUGAUCCAGCACGAGUUCAGGCCGAAGUCGCUCUGCACCAUCUCGGCGGAGGUGGACACCAAGGCCAUCGAGAAGAGCUCGAAGGUCGGCAUUGCGAUUGCUCUCAAGCCUUGAUGGCGAAAUCAAGCCCUCUCUUUUCUGAACUCUCAGGGGUGUUCCUCGGUUUCGGAUGGAAUCGUGGCGAUUUGACAAAUACUUCACACGCCUUGGGCGCGUUGUCGCAGUCUGUUAGAUUUGAAGAACUGCCGUGUUUCAUUCCUGAGGAAUUUUGUCUUUGGUCGGUGUAGUGCCUGUCCGUUGAGCCACACUUUGCAGUAAUAAUUCAAGCUCUGAAAAUCCUGAACUUGAUUCAGCAUUCA